CAGUCCAGUUCCCUCACAAUUGGUUUCACUGCUACCUUGGUGCCUCCUCCCGCAAGAAAGGCAUCGUAGAAACGAAGCUCAAAUUCCUUACUCAGCGAGUCGUCUCAUUUCUCAGCCGCCAUGGAAGGCCAAGAGGGAACUCAGCAGCCUCAUCUCGUUCUUGCUCACAAGCUUUUCCUUCUAACUCAUCCCGAUGUUCAAGAUAUCGAGAAGGUCCGUCUCACAGAGGAAGUAUUGGCCUCCGUUAAAGCAGAUGAUAUGGCUCCGUUAUACGAAACCCUAACCGGCAAUUCGCUGUUGGAUUUGGAUCGGAGCGUGUUGGACUCGAUGCGUGCGAAGAAUGAGGAGGAGUUGAAGAAGCUAGAUGAGAAGAUUGCUGAUGCUGAAGAAAACUUGGGUGAAAGUGAAGUUCGAGAAGCUCAUUUGGCCAAAUCACUUUUUUACAUUCGUAUUGGUGAUAAGGACAAAGCACUGGAGCAACUCAAGGUAACUGAGAGCAAAACAGUUGCAGUUGGAUUAAAGAUGGAUUUGGUUUUCCAUACAUUACAGCUUGGAUUUUUCUAUAUGGAUUUUGAUCUGAUCUCCAAAAGUAUUGACAAAGCGAAAAACUUGUUCGAAGAAGGUGGUGAUUGGGAAAGAAAGAAUCGUCUGAAGGUGUAUGAAGGCUUGUACUGCAUGUCCACUCGGAACUUUAAGAAAGCAGCCAACUUGUUUUUGGAUUCCAUCUCAACUUUCACCACCUAUGAACUUUUUCCUUAUGAUACAUUCAUAUUUUAUACUGUUCUCACAAGCAUUAUAUCAUUGGACAGAGUGUCUCUAAAGCAAAAGGUAGUUGAUGCUCCUGAAAUAUUGACGGUGAUUGGAAAAGUCCCAUAUCUUUCUGACUUUUUGAACUCUUUGUAUGACUGUCAAUAUAAAUCAUUUUUCUCAGCCUUUGCUGGUCUGACAGAGCAAAUAAAAUUAGACCGUUACUUGCAUCCGCAUUUCAGAUAUUACAUGAGAGAGGUUAGAACUGUUGUUUAUUCCCAGUUUUUGGAGUCCUAUAAGAGUGUUACUAUCGAAGCUAUGGCAAAGGCAUUUGGAGUAUCUGUGGAAUUUAUUGAUCUGGAAUUAUCUCGUUUCAUUGCUGCGGGAAAACUUCAUUGCAAGAUUGAUAAAGUAGCCGGUGUUCUUGAAACUAAUCGCCCUGAUUCAAAGAAUGCUCUGUACCAAGCUACCAUCAAGCAAGGAGACUUCUUGCUUAACCGUAUCCAGAAGUUGUCUCGUGUAAUUGAUCUGUAACUAGGCUCUUAGUUUAUUUGAAAUAUGUUUGGUUAAUGCAGGUUUCAUCACAAUACAACACUCGAGCCAAAAAGCGACAUUGCACGGAUGAAAUUUGAGCAUUAGAACUUCGUGAAAAUGGCGUUGUAAUUUUGUUUUAAACAUAUUGACAACUCGUGCCUAACUGUUAUCAAUAUUACUUGAUUUUGUUUUAUUAACCAAGUACCUUGUUCUUUGAA